UAACAAAGUAUGUUUGUAGGCAGAAAAUCCUGGACCUGUGGACCAGAAAAAAAUUAAGAAGCGUUUAAUAAGACCGUGGCGUGUGCAGGUUCCCCGGGCCCGGCCUUCCUGUUGCAAGUGGCCGCAGUGCAUGAGGACCGGUCAGCGAUGUCAGAAGCUUCCUCCCACGACUCCUUCUACGACUCCCAGUCGGACCUGCAGGAAGAAGGCAAGAGCACCGACUUCUUCCCCGAGCUCUCGGCUUUCCUCAGCCAGGAAGAGAUAAACAAGAGUCUCGACCUGGCCCGCAGAGCCAUCGUCCACUCGGAGCCUGAAGACGGGGACUCGGAAAGGGAGAUCUCGCAGAUUCUCAGCCCCUCUCCUGGCAGUCUCGGUGACAACCCCUCCUGCCAGCAGUCCCCGCCGGCCGAGCCGGCGUCUGCGGGGACAGAGCGGGACCCGGGGCCCACCCCCGGCCGGCCUCUGCCCCCGGAGCAGACGGGGAGCAGCUCCCCUCACCUGUGCAAGGGGAAUCCGGCCCUGUCCCCGCUGCUCGCCAGCCCCAGUUACAUCCGGAGCCUGCGCAGGGCUGACAAGCGCGGUGCCAAGGCUGCCCCGCCGGGGCCCGCGCAGGCCUGCCCGGGGAAGGCCGGUCCCCAGAGCCAGCUGUGCGACAGGGCGGCCAGCUUCAUCGACGAGCUGACAUCCAUCUUCAGAGAAGCGGCCAAGCCGAGAACCAGAAGCCCCAACGGGGAGUCUUCCUCCCCGGACAGCGGGUACCUGUCUCCCAGAAAUCAGCCCUCGGCCCUGCGGAGCGCCUUGGCCAGCCAGAGCCCCACGCAGGAGCAGCAGCAGGACGGGGAGGCCGAGGCCAAGGUGGCGGCCGAGGCCAGCCCCUGCUACCACCAGGCCGAGCAGGCUCCGGAGGGACCACCCAGCCCCAGGGCUUCGCUCCCGCAGGCCCAGAUGCAGCCCCUCCAGCUCCCGUCCGCGCCGCGGUUCAUCCAGAAACUGAGGAGCCAAGAAGUGCAGGAAGGAAGUCGAGUCUACUUGGAGUGUCGCGUCACUGGCAGCCCAGCUCCCCGCGUCAGAUGGUUCUGUGAAGGAAAAGAGCUGUCUAACACCCCCGAUGUUCAAAUCCGCGCUGAAGCGGGGGUGCACACCCUGACCAUAGCAGAGGCCUUUGAGGACGACACAGGCCGCUAUUCCUGUCUGGCUACAAACCCCAGCGGCUCUGACACAACAUCUGCAGAGGUGUUUGUUGAAGGUACGAGUUCAACAGAUUCAGACAGUGAAAGUUUAGUUUUCAAAUCAAAAGCUGGAGCUAUGCCACAGGCUCAAAAGAAAACAACUUCUGUUUCCUUGACAAUCGGAUCAUCAUCUCCAAAGACUGGAGUGACUACAGCUGUGAUUCAACCAUUAUCUGUCCCUGUUCAACAGGUUCACAGUCCAACUUCGUAUCUCUGCAGACCUGAUGGAACCACUUCUGCCUUCUUUCCUCCUGUUUUUACAAAGGAACUGCAGAACAUAGCAGCAUCGGAGGGUCAGGUGGUGGUUCUGGAGUGCCGUGUCCGAGGAGCACCCCCUUUGCAAGUCCAGUGGUUCCGACAAGGGAGUGAAAUCCAAGACUCUCCAGAUUUCCGAAUCUUGCAAAAAAAACCUCGAUCCACAGCUGAACCUGAGGAGAUCUGCACCCUGGUGAUCGCUGAGACUUUCCCUGAAGAUGCAGGAGUCUUUGCAUGCACGGCACGAAAUGAUUUUGGAUCUGUCACCAGCACUGCUCAGCUUCUUGUCACCUCAGCCAACACUGAAAACUGUGGCUAUGACUCAAUGGGAGAACCCAACAAUGAUCACUUCCAGCAUUUUCCACCUCCCCCGCCCAUUUUGGAGACAAGUUCCUUUGAGUUGGCUUCAAAGAAACCAGCUGAGCUUCAGCAGGUGAACAGCCCUGAGUUUGGACUUAGCAUGGCAGCCCUUCAAAUGCAAUUCAGUUCUGCUGAGAGUGAAACUAAUGGAGUCCACCCCAACCAUGUGGUAAAUGGACUGAUUAACGGCAAAGCUAACACCAAUAAAUCUCUUCAAACACCAGCUGUCCUGCUUUCACCCACUAAGGAGCCACCACCUCUGCUUGCCAAACCCAAACUGGGAUUUCCAAAGAAGGUCAACAGAACUGCCAGGAUAGCCUCUGACGAAGAGAUCCAGGGUUCCAAGGACGCUGUCAUCCAGGACCUGGAACGGAAGCUGCGCUUCAAGGAGGACCUCCUAAACAACGGGCAGCCGAGGCUAACCUAUGAAGAGAGAAUGGCCCGUCGAUUACUAGGCGCUGAGAGUGCAACCGUCUUGGCUGUUCCCGAGCCGGAAGAGGAAACAGCCAAUCAGGAAAUUGGGUCUCCUCGGGCUUCGGUAGGGAGUCCUCAGGAUUGCCAAAAGGAAUAUAAAGUCUCCAGCUGUGAACAGAGACUCAUCAGUGAAAUCGAGUAUAGACUAGAAAGGUCUCCAGUGGACGAAUCGGGUGAUGACGUUCAGUAUGGAGAUGUGCCUGUGGAAAAUGGCGUGGCCCCAUCCUUUGAGAUGAAGCUCAAGCAUUACAAGAUCUUUGAGGGGAUGCCAGUAACUUUCGCUUGCAGAGUGGCUGGGAAUCCAAAGCCAAAGAUAUACUGGUUUAAGGAUGGGAAGCAGAUCUCGCCAAAGAAUGACCACUACAUCCUUCAGAGAGAUCUGGACGGGACCUGCUCGCUCCAUACUUCAGCCUCAACCCUGGAUGAUGACGGCAACUACACGAUCAUGGCUGCCAACCCCCAGGGCCGGAUCAGCUGUACUGGACGGCUAAUGGUACAGGCUGUCAACCAAAGAGGACGCAGUCCCCGCUCACCUUCAGGCCAUCCUCAUGCCAGAAGACCUCGCUCUAGAUCAAGGGACAGUGCAGAUGAAAAUGAACCCAUUCAGGAGAGAUUCUUCAGACCUCACUUCUUGCAAGCACCGGGAGAUCUCACUGUUCAAGAAGGAAAACUCUGCAGAAUGGAUUGCAAAGUCAGUGGGUUACCCACCCCAGACCUGAGCUGGCAACUCGACGGGAAGCCCAUCCGGCCCGACAGCGCACACAAGAUGCUGGUGCGUGAGAACGGGGUCCACUCGCUCAUCAUCGAGCCCGUCACGGCCCGAGACGCGGGCAUCUACACGUGCAUCGCCACCAACCGCGCGGGGCAGAACUCUUUCAGCCUGGAGCUCAUCGUUGCAGCAAAGGAAGCGCACAGAGCCCCCGUGUUCGUGGAGAAGCUGCAGAACACGGGCGUGGCUGAUGGGUACCCGGUGCGACUCGAGUGCCGGGUGCUGGGCGCGCCACCACCGCAAAUCUUUUGGAAGAAAGAAAAUGAGUCCCUGACUCACAGCACUGACCGAGUGAGCAUGCACCAGGAUAAUCACGGCUACAUCUGCCUGCUCAUUCAGGGAGCCACAAAAGAAGAUGCUGGAUGGUAUACAGUGUCAGCCAAGAACGGAGCGGGCAUUGUGUCCUGCACUGCCAGGCUGGACGUUUACACCCAGUGGCAUCAGCAGCCACAAAGCACUAAGCCAAAGAAAGUACGGCCCUCAGCCAGCCGCUAUGCAGCACUUUCGGACCAGGGACUAGACAUCAAAGCAGCCUUCCAACCCGAGGCCAACGCGUCUCACCUGACCCUGAACAGCGGCUUGGUGGAGAGCGAAGACCUGUAACCCCAGAGUCUCGCAAAAGCGGAAACAACCAGUGCCUUGACCGACUUGCAUUCCCUCGUCACAUUAUGUAAAGAGCAAACACAUACCUUUGGCUGUAGGGGGAAAAGAACACCAGAACAGUAAUCGCGUUACUUGGUAUACCAAACUUAGAAUUGUAGUAGGUGAUGCUGCAUAAAAAAUGUACACAUUGCACAGAAAACUCACCUUCAUCAUCCAACGGACAACGUUUGGAAUUGCUGUGAUUUAAAGAGGUCUGAAAAGCCAAAUGCUGUAAAGGAGAUCAGUUGUUCUAAGGUAAACACAAUGUUUGUUAUCCAAAGUGCCUUUAAACAUUAGCUCUGGGUGCUGCAUGCCACGGUAAUGUGGGCUGCAUAACAUGAGCGAUUGUACCACAAAUAAUAAACAGAUGAGUCCCCAGGGGCAGUGUAUUCAGACAGCUACCGUGAACCAAGGGAAAAACGGAAGUGGGGAGGACAAAGAAAUCCGAGCAAAUGCCUUGUCUUUGCAAACCAGAAGGAAGGAAUGAUUUCAAUUUUGUGCACAUCAAGUCUUCUAACCGGGCUAGUACCUCUAAUUUUUGACCUUUUCUUUUAUGUGUAGUGAGUGGUCUCUUUUCAUUCUACAUUCGUAGGAAGCUUAUUGACAUCCCACAUUCAAAGGCUAAGUUAAAUAUCAAGAAUUCAGAAUGAAGCAGAACUAAUUACAGUCCAUUCCAAGAAAGGUAUCCAAAGCACCCACAUGACCAAGGCAUAGCAUUUGGAGGAAAGGGGUUUGGCAGGGAAGGGAAAGAAGGGAUUAUUACCAGCACACUAAGACUAUAUUCAUUUAGAGAAACUGGCAGCGAGGGGCAAGAGAUAUGGGCAAGGCCAGGCUUUUCUUGGGUUUUCUUCAAGCACGAAACAAAAUGCGGGUGAAAAGCACCGCCAUUCAGAAGCCAGGGGUCCAGCAUCAAUGGAAAGUCUGGAGCACAUGUACUAUGGACAUGUCAGUGUGUCUUGAAGUCUGCGUCAUAGUUGAAGAUUGCAGGUGUGUAGAGCAAGUUGAAAAUGGAAUGAGACUGCAAGAUUGGCAUAAAUGAGAAACUGCUUGUAGGAGUUAGUCUAACAGAAGGACAUGGAGGCUUAGGGAAGACAAAAACAGAUUUGUGGCAUAAUGCUUUUUUGAGGUUGUUUUUUUUUUUAAAUAGUAGCACCAAGAUUUGGUGAAUGGAAAAUACUAGUUCCGUUCCACACCACCACGCAACCUUGGCUUACAAAGGUGCUAGGUUCCAAGUAGUUUAUAAAGGCAUCAGCAAAGAAGGAUUGUUUUGUUGUUGUCAUUUUUGUUUUUGUUUUUAAUGCAUAUGAUUCUGCAUCAGCUAGAUUGAGUUGAUUCUGACCAGACUUGAUGGUUUUAAGUCGGAACCAAUAACUUUUUAAAGGAGAAGGAAUAAUUUGGCCUACUAUUAUAAAAUAUGAGGCUUUAAUGGUACUUUGCUAUGAAAAGAAAACACUGUAUUCCUUUUGCAAAACACAUUUAUCUUUCACUAUUUAUAAUAAAAAUGCUGCAGAACUCUUAGCUCAGUUACUCAAUUCAAUAUGUAGUGUUUUUUUAAAAAAUAAUUUUAUACCUGUGUACCACCCCGUAUAUUUCAUAUUACUGCUUCACAUGUACAGCUUUCUACUUCGUUUGAAGAACACCAACCUGCCAGGUUUGAAAUGACUAGUAAACUUGGGCACCGAAUGGCAGAUAUAUUAUGCUGAGUGGCACAGCUUUUUUUUGCCACAUUUAUAUGCAUUGCUAAUAUGGAAUUUUAGUUACCAUUCAAAGUCUCUCAUAAACAUAUCUAUAGUGUAGAUGUAUGACUGAUGUCAUAUCUUGCCAAAUUUCUCUGAAUGUGACUUUUUGCUAACUCGCUGGGUUUGGGAUUAAGUAGCAUUAUUUGCCACCUUUUAUGUUGUAUUUAUAAAAUUUAAAAAAAGUAAAGUACUAUCAUUACGAUUUUGGAUUGUUGUGCUGGUGUAAUGUGGUUUUAACAUCAAUAAAUAUUUAAC